AUGUUAAAAUCAAUUCUAAUCAUAUUUACAAUCUUCAUUAAAUUUAUCAAUGCACAACAAAACAUUCUGGAUGAUCGGUAUGGCAAUCGAAUUCCACAACAGCCAUCUUAUUUUAGUGCUGGAUAUGGUGUAAAUCUUCCAAGUAGUAAUAUUAAUAUGAACAAUAUUAAUAACAACAAUAUGAAUGCUAUCAGUAGCAUGGAUAAAGAUGGUCUCAUUGAAGAAUUCGGUCAGUGUGGUGGUCUUGAUUGGGAAGGUCCAAAAAUUUGUAAAACAAAUUUUAUUUGUAUGAAACGUUCAAAAUAUUAUUCUCAAUGUUUAUCAGCUGAAGCAGCUGCAAUCGCAACUCGACCAUCUCCACAAGUUAUUCCACCUGGUGGUAAAUGUCAUGGUGGAAAUAUUCGUAGUCCAUUAGCUUGUGCUACUGGUACAGCUUGUUUCAUUCAAACAGAAAAUAUUCAUGGUGAAUGUAAGACACACUGCCCACAAGGAUGGUUUUGUGCUAAGCAAACGUUAUCUGAAUGGGCACCGUGUGGCGGAGAAAGUUAUGUUGGUUUGACGAAAUGUAAAGAAGGUCUUCAUUGCUAUCCACAUUCAAGAUGGUAUCAUGAAUGUCGAUCAGAAUGUCCUGAAGGAUGGAGUUGUUAA